AUGUCCCUCAGUCCUCAAGCUCUACAGAACUUGGACGAAUCGUCAAAGCAGGAGAUCCUCAGCUUCAUCGAGGCCGAGAACUCGAAGACCAAAGUCCAGACCUCUAUCCACAGCUUCACCGAUAGAUGUUUCAAGAAGUGCGUUGAAAGCGUUGGAAACGGGCAGUUGAGCAACCAGGAGGAGACCUGCUUGGCCAACUGCGUCAAUAGAUUCCUGGAUACAAACAUUAAGAUCGUUCAAGGCCUUCAAGCUGCCCAGCAGCAAUGA